AUGUUCGAGAGCCUCACUCUUGUUCUGGAAUGUCAUCCUGCAUACGCAAAAAUUCGGAUUCCUUUUCCUGGGCUCGACUCGUCCGUCUGGCACGCCCCCAAGGCCCGGCAGAUAAUCCAUCCUGCUGCCCCUCGACUGAGAGAGGGGAAUGGCGCUCUUGCUCGCGCAUCUUCGGCGCUUCUUGAAGAUUUGCGACCCUUCGAAGUCGUCAGUACGAGCGACUCUCAUCUCAAUCACUCUUUCAACAUCGGAACACAACACGCUGCAGUACGAGUGCAUUCCAAUACGAACGAAAGCCACAUGUGA